GUUGGUAGCAGGCUAACAGGUACUGCUGGGAUAUCGUGAUGUUGUGGCACUUGACUUUUAGGAUUUCAGUCUCGCGAUGCAGAUGGUCCUUAUCUGACCAAUUUGUUGUAUCGUAAAUUUUGCUUGCAUUAUAUAGAUUCAUGUUUGUUUAUUAUUUCAGAUGCUGCUCCAAAUAGUUCAGAAACAUUCUUGGGAUAUGAGCAUAAAUGUCAAAGCGAAGUGAUAAGGCAGAUAAAAGGUUCUCGUGUGCUGGGCAUGACUUGUGACUUAUUAUCAGAAAGGAAUAUAGCUCUUCUUCUCAGUUCUGGCAAAUUGGUAUUCUUGGAGCUUGGAAAAAUUGGUGAAAGCAACGAGUUCACGUUGAACCAGCUGUUUGGGCCUUCCACCGAUGAAUUGACAGUUCUUCCGCCACUGAGAUUGCUGGUGACAGGUCUGAUGAGCAGUGUGGCAAGUCAGCCGACCACUAUCAAAAUGUGUCCGCCGUUGACCUCCAAGAACCGCCAUUUUUACAAGCCGCUAAUGGCCGCCGGAACCCAGUCGGGUCUCAUUCAGAUCUACAACAUGGCGUGGGCGUCCGUCGAGAAAGAGUUCUCUCUACAUGCUUACCCGGUCAGGGGCAUCGAGUGGAUAUCUCUCUCAUCAUUCAUCUCAUAUGCUUACUCCAGCUCCAAUUCUCAAGUGAAGAAUGAGAUGUUCAUUACAGAUGUUAAUACGGGCUACACCAAUCAGAUACGAAAAGACCACGGCGAAGAAAAUCCUAUUGAAAUUGUGCGAGUCUCUCCGUUAAAGCAAUAUUUUGUGAUUGUUAUGAAGGAUGGACCAUUCGAGCUUUGGGAUUUGAAAACAUUGACACUCAUGCGAUCGAUGCCCAAAAAGUUUCCUCUAGUCACAGCUUUGGAAUGGUCGCCAGCACAUAAUUUCAAGUUGCUCAAAACUAAGAAGAAAUCAGUCUCUGAAGAUCCGAGCAAAGCAGAAAGUCCAGCUGGUGAGGCAGGAGCAUCCAGCCCUCAAACAACUCAACAAGUGGUGGCUCGUGAACAUUUUGUAUUCACUGAUACGGAAAGCCUCUUGUACCAUUUUACUUUGGAAGGAAUCUUUGUGAAAGAUGUGAUCAAAAUGCCACCAGAG